AUGUUUCGCGCGGGACUAUCACCCUCUCGAUCGACGAAUGCCGAUCACUCGCCCUUCAACACCCUUCGACGUUCCAUCUCCUCCCACUCCAUCGACUCGGAUUCUGCAGCUCCCUCGACACCUACACGGAAGUCGGCAAGGAUUGCCAAAGGCUCAAAGACCUCGCCCGACAAGUCCCACAGCAACAAUCGCCCUGCUGGGAUCAGCUCGUCGCCCAGCAAAGGCAAAGUGGCAGAGACGCGCAUAACGGGCAUCACGGCUACAGGUUCUCGCUCUUCGUCCACAUUCUCACUCGGUGAUCUGCAAGACGGCGACUCGCAAAGCGCUUCAACAUCGGCAACAAGCGCAGAGAUGAGUGAUAUCGAGCUGGACGAUCCGGCUGAGCUCAGCUCUGGUCCGGGACCAAGCGCUGCUCCUGCCAAGCAGAACGUCGUCGUCUGCGUAAGGAUGCGGCCGGCGUCGAAUGGUCAGCCUGUGGAGCCCAUCUGGACGCUGGAUGCAGCGAAUCAGAAGAUAUGUCCCACUGAUCAACAUCCCUCGCUGGCCAAGCGAGCACCCUCGUCAGCUCCUCAGCCUUCGACGUCCAGCAGCGCGCUCAUGGCCGCCUCACCAUCCAACAACGAGCUCGAUGGCAGCUCUACCUACGACUUUUGUUUCGACUCGCUCGUAACCCCAGAGGCGUCCACGGAUGUCAUGUACGAGCAACACAUCAGUCCUCUUGUCACUGCUGCUGUCCAAGGGUACAAUGGCACCGUCUUCGCGUAUGGACAGACGGGAAGCGGAAAGACGCACACCAUGAGCGGGUCGAAAGAAGAGCCUGGUGUUAUCAGCAGAGCGGUUGAUGAAGUUUGGAGAGGCGUAGAAAGCGUGAGUUGCAAAAAGUGCACGUCUACCCUGACACGAGCAGCGGGUCGCUGAUGACGUGCUGAUGUCCCUGCUUGCACACCGCAGGACGAUUCGCGAGAGUUCCUGUUGCGCGUGUCCUACCUCGAGAUAUAUAAUGAGACGCUGCGGGAUCUCCUGGCGCCCUUGCCAGCUAGAGUCAAGAGCGGCUCGCUUCAGGAUGGCAGCGAUGAUGCUCGUCCAGCUUCGCCCACCAAAGGUGGUCACACGCCUUCGAACGCAGCCUCGGGAGGAGCACUGCGCAUCAUCGAAGGACCCAGCAGGGUGCAGGUGGUGGGCCUGCGGGAGGACAUUGUGACGUCGCCCGAGGAUGUGUUGUCGCUGCUCGAGGCUGGACAGAGACACCGGCAUCAAGCAGCGACGGACUGGAAUGAACGCAGCAGCAGGUCCCAUUGCGUCUUUACCAUCACAAUCGAGAGUCGCGAUAAGCAAGUGCAGGGUAGCGAAGUGCGCAUCAGCCAGCUCAACCUCAUUGAUCUAGCGGGCAGUGAGCGCGCUGCAUCGUCUCAGGACAGACGCAAGGAGGGAGCCUUCAUCAACAAGUCUCUGCUCACUCUGGGCACCGUCAUCGCCAAACUAUCCGAAGCUUGUGAAAAGGAUGAUGGCACAGGCAGCAACCAAGCCGCUUCUCAGCAUAUUCCGUACCGCGACUCGAAACUGACUAGGCUUCUGCAGAACUCGCUUGGAGGGAACGCUAGAGUGGCCGUCGUCUGUACGCUCAGCCCGCUAAAAGAGCACGCAGUCGAAAGCUUGAGCACCCUCAAAUUUGGACGCAGAUGCAAGAUGGUCACCACUCGCGCAAGACGUGGCACAGUAGUGGACGACAAGGCGCUUCUUCAGCGCUACCGUCGGGAGCUUGACAAGCUGAGAGCGAAGCUGGAAAAGAGUGUCAGCGGCGUCGUGUCCUCGGCAGGAGCAGCGCUAGACGACUCCUCGGUAAAGGAUCUCGAAAGCCGCCGUGAAGAAGCAGAGCGGGAUGUGGCAGCUGCUCAGAAGCAGAAGCAAGAGCUGAGAGGUCAAGUGGAACACCUUACGCGCCUGAUCCUCACUAGCAAGAGCAUCGCUUCGGAUAGAGAAUUGCAGCAGGGCCCCGCUUCGAUGCGAGAAUCCAGCACCUUGCUUUGUGCAGGAAAUGAUACCACACCUCGACGUGGACCUCGACGGACGGAUGCGGGGCUGAUGCAUCGUCCCUCUCUGCUCUUCUUGGAGGACGAAAAUUCGGCUUCUAAUUCUCCGAUUGCCGCGUUGCCAGCAGGUCCUCGGCCUUUUGCACUCGAAGCUGAGCUCUCUUCUCUAAGACGAGAGCUUGCAAAUGCACACUCGGCAAAGCGAGACUCUGAGACUGCGCAUCGCGUCGAAAUGGAACAGAUUACAGCUCGUGCAAAGGAGCUGGAGGCUACUAAUCGUGCAUUAGAAGAAGAUCUAGAUGCGGCUGAUGCUUGGUGCAAGCAGGCUAAGGUCGACUUUUCCGAGGCAGAAAGGAGGGAAGAGCAAGCACGAAUGGAAGCCAGAGAAGCAAGGGAGGCCAACAAGAUCUUGGAAUUGGUUGCGAAGAGCAAGGAAGCUCGUCAGCAGGGUCCUACAGAGGAGUCUGAAUUGGUCCGACAAUUGCAGCAGAAGCACGAAGCAGCAUUGGCUGCUUUGAGGGAAGAGCUUACCGCGACACAUUCCAAGCAUGUGCAAGAGCUCAGAGCGCAAAGGGCACAGCAAGAGCAAACCUCCGUUCAGCGCUCAGCAGAACUCACGAGAGAGUUGGCCACUGAGCGAGAAGCGUUGGCUGUGGCGCAGAAGGAGCUUUCGGACGCUAGGCUGGCUACUCUGAACGAAAACGCUGAGCGCGAUUUUGAGCAGCUUGUUCGGGGCGGUGCAGAGACUGUUGCAAACGCUGCGCCGAGCACCGGGUCUCGAGCUGCCCUGGAACGAAGGGAGAAGGAAGUGGCAGCUCGCGAAGCGGCAGUCGCUGAGAAAGCGAAGGAAAUCGAGACUAUGCGAAGUAACGUUCGAGCGCUGCCUGUCCCGACUUCGCCCAGCAUCGCUUCGACCGCACAUCAAUCAGCACGCGUUCGAGAAUUGGAGCAGAGCGUCAUUGGGAUGCAGCAGCAGACUGCGAGUCUGCAGUCCGAGCUGGAUAAAUCAAAGACCAACGUGGAGCAGCUGCAGAGUCAGCUCGAUAUCGUAAAUCGCUCAACGCUGACAAAUACAACAACCAGCUCACCACCUAGCUCGAUGAAGCAGCUCAGUGUGGACGAUCGCGCUACUAUCGUCGAGCUUCAGGUGCAAGUCGAGGUGCAACAAUCACGCAUCGCUACUCUGGAAAAGCAGCUGGUCGAGGCUCGAGUGCGAGGUCGACGACUCUCUGUCGCCACAGCUGCUGGGACGCCAAUCCCUGGCACGCCCAGAAAGCUAGCAGACGUAGGAGUGGAUGUUCACCGCUCGUCGCCUGUUCUUGCAGAGGCGGCAUUGCCACAAGCACCUGCCUCGCCUGUACGUCGAUAUGACCGCUUUGGGGCGCUUCAGGUCACCACCUUGAACACAGGCUCUCAAGCACUCAAUCGUGGAGGCUCUCUUCGAGAGUAUCGACGCUACGCUCCGACCGAGUCGCCGUUCGUUGGACGAGCAGGGCUGGCGUCUCGCUUCACCGCCAGCACUGCCGCUGGAGACCUAUCUGCGGCCUGCGCUUCUGAAGCUACGCAGCGAGAAGUGGCAGCGGCGGUCAGAGCCGAGAAAGAGGAGAUCGAAAGGUUGAACGCUGUCAUUGCUUCUCAGAGAGCCAUCAUGGCAGACUUGGAACGCAGCGUGGCCAAGUGGAAGGAGCGCUUGAUUGCCCAACAAAGCAUCAUCGAACGGCUUUCGAAGGAGAGCGCAAUGGACGGUGACCUGGAGCCCACGCAAGUCCCGAGGCAGGGCGACAAACUUGGCAAACCUCAUUUGCAAGAGGUGACGUUGAACAACGGACGCAAGCGGCUGUCAUCUGGUAGUGGUGCAGCCGUCUCUUCUCCGUUUCGAGAACGUUUCUCGUUGACUGCUCCUCUGCACGAAGGUUCGCCAGCUCUGCGAAGGACUGGCAGCACGAUCUCGGCCUACUCGCGCCACAAUGGUAGCUCUUCGCCUUACUACGGAGCGCACACGUUUGGCAGGGCACCGACAGGUCUCGGUCUGUUGCCCAGCUCGCCCAAGAAGGACGCAUCGAGUGCGAGCGGAUGGACGCAUAUAUCGGGCAGUGGACCGGAGCCUCUUCCUUUAUCAGAUGCUCAAGCUGCUGCAUCUUCCGCCUCUCGACGAAAACCUCGGCGGACCAUCGAGAAUGAUCUCGCUACCCUCUCCAGUAGCCCCCGGGUGGAAGCUGCCAAGAGCAAACUGCUCGAGCCCGCGACUUGCGGACAUGCUACGCCGAACGGAAGUCCUGGGAAACUUCACACCCCUUCUCUGAGAUCUAGCGCGACUUGUAGACCCACACGGGAUUACUACGUCUAA